CUGGAGGCGGGACUCCGGGAGGUUUGAAAGCGCGGCGCGCUGAGCUGGGUGGCUCGGCUGCCGCUGAGAUGUCGGUGUUGAGGCCGAUGGACAAGCUGCCCGACCUGAACCGGGCCACCAUCUUGCUGGUGGGCACGGAGGAUGCGCUUCUGCAGCAGCUCGCAGAGUCCAUGCUCAAAGACGACUGUGCUUCCGAGCUGAGGGUCCACAUGGCCAACUUCCUCCCUUUGCCCUCUGACGUGAACCGGCCCCGAAUUGACCUGAUUGUGUUUGUGAUUAACCUUCACAGCAAACACAGCUUCCAGAAGAUAGAGGAAUCUCUGAAGCACGUGGACAGUCGCUUCUUCCUAGGGAAAGUCUGCUUCCUCGCCACAGGGGCUGGACGGGAGAGCCACUGCAGCGUUCACCGGAGCACUGUCGUAAAGCUGGCCCUCACCUACCGAAGCCCCUUGCUCUUCUGUGACUUAGAGGUGGAGAGCUUUCGAGCCACCAUGGCCCAGCGCCUGGUACGCAUGCUGCAGAUCUGUGCUGGCCACGUGCCCCGUGUCUCAGCGCUGAACCUGCUGUCUUUGCUGAGGAGCUCCGACAGCCCCCCAUCCAAGGAGUCGUGAGCACUGCUGCCCUCCCCACGUUUGACUCUAGCUCCGUAAGCAAUCACUGUUGGUGAAGACCAGUCAGGGCCUGGCAGGCCUGGGAGGCAGCCUGCUCACUGCAGGGCUGAGUGAGCUCUGCUCCACCCAGCAGUGCAGUGCUGGGCAGGAAUGGGGAAGGGAGCCCCGUGGUUGGAAUCCCAUGCCUCCCAACUUACCCCACAGAGGCCCAUAUCUUCACCUGUCUGGUGGGCUGCAUCCACUGAAGAUUUCUUUGGAAUAAAGAGCCAUGACUUAAAAAAAAAAAAAACCUGAAAAUCUGUCUCAUCCACCAUUUGACUUUGUAAAUGAGGAAACUGACUCAGUGCAAUUAAGGGGAGAGCGUGGCUUCCAGGAUCCCAGAGAAGUGUCACGUGCUGGCCCUGCUUCUUGUAACCCGGCCGUUGCUCCUGGGAACUGUUUCCUGGUGUAAAUGGUAUGGUUGGUU